AUGACCGGAAGUACCGAAACUCGCGCUGAAGAGAUCGCUAAGGAGCCGCAAGUGGACGCGUCUGAUGACUCCGACAAUGAGGGUGGAGAGCUCACCGAGGAGCAGAGACGCGUGGCUGAAGCCGCCGGUCUUGGAGACCAGGUCGAUAAGCAGGCUAAGCAAAGUCGCUCUGAGAAGAAGGCUCGUAAGCUUUUCUCGAAGCUCGGACUUAAACAAGUCACUGGUGUUUCCCGUGUCUGCAUUCGCAAGUCGAAGAACAUAUUGUUCGUUAUCAACAAGCCAGACGUCUUCAAGAGCCCGGGAUCUGAUACCUACAUCGUCUUCGGAGAGGCCAAGAUUGAGGAUCUUACUCAACACGCUCAGAUGUCCGCUAUUGAAAACAUGAAGCCAACUCGUGAGGCUCCGCAACUCAAGACCGUUGAGGAGGACGAGAAUGAAGAUGUUGAGGAGGAUUCAACUGGAAUCGAAGAGAAAGACAUUGAGCUUGUCAUUUCUCAGGCCAAUACUACUCGCAACAAGGCAAUUAGAGCUCUCAAGGAGACUAACAAUGACAUUGUCAACGCAAUCAUGAGCUUGACGAUGUAA